AUAAAUUACGCAGUUCUAUCAGUGAAGAAAAUGAUGCCAUGGGCUCAUGUAUAAUUUACCUGAGAGAUAAGAUAUAAGCAAUCUGCUUCGUGUGAAAACUUGAAUCUUUUUAAAAGGAGAAACAAAAUUUUUAAGGGCAGUUAAAGAAAACAGAGUAAAAACCGAGGAGUGUCUCAAAGUGUCAAAUAUCAUAUGAUGGAACAAGAAAGUUUAGACCCAAUGAUGGUUGAAGAAAUUUUAGACCCUUUUUGUGACCCAGACAACCCCAAAAAGGUUACCUUUAAGGAUGUUGAGGCAGCUUCAGAUGUUAUCAAGGACGACCUCCUUAGCCCUUGUGCUAAAUCUAGAAUGUCUGAAAUACUGAAUGUAAAGGAAGUUUACUUCAAGAAAGAAUUUCAACAGCGGACAGGGAGUUUCAAAGAAAGAGGAGCAAGAUAUUCUCUUAUGAUGCUUAAUGAAGAGCAGAAGAAGAAAGGCGUUAUAGCGGCCAGUGCCGGUAACCAUGCUCUGGCUCUGGCCUAUCAUGGCUAUUGUUUAAACAUCCCAGUGACCGUGAUCAUGCCCACUAUAGCACCAAUGAUGAAAGUACAAGCCUGCAAACGCUACAAAGCCACGGUAGAAAUUAAAGGGCAUGAUAUUUCAGAGUCGAAAAGGUUUGCACAGAAAGAAGGUAAAGAAAAAGGACUAGUUUACAUCAAUGGUUAUGACCACCCUCAUAUCAUAGCCGGGCAGGGAACAAUGGCGCUGGAGAUCGUGAAACAAGUCCCUGAUGUGGAGGCCGUCGUCAUACCCGUUGGCGGGGGAGGGCUGAUUGCGGGGGCGGCCGUGGCUCUAAAGCACCUCAAACCAAAUGUUAAAAUCAUUGGAGUCGAGGCGGAAAGAUGUCCUAGUUUCUCCAAAGCAAGAGAGAUGGGAAAACCAACAAAAGUUGAAGUUAUCUCCUCUAUCGCAGAUGGUUUGGCUGUACCAACAGUUGGAGUGAAUGCCUUUGCUACAGCCAAUGAAUUGAUUGACAAAAUGAUUACAGUGAAGGAAGAGAAUAUAGAUCUUGCUAUCCUGCGUCUGAUUGAAAUAGAGAAAGCUAUUGUGGAAGGCGCAGGCGCAGCAGGACUGGCCGCCAUUAUAGAAGGACUACUUCCGGAGUUGGCAGAAAAAAAGGUGGUAGUGGUACUGUGUGGUGGAAACAUUGACACUCCGGUCCUGGGUCGUGUGAUAGAACGUGGGCUCGCUUCUGAUGGACGUUUUGUUAGAUUUAAGGUGACCGUAACAGACCGACCUGGAGGAAUUACUUAUCUAAUUAAUCUACUGUCAGACCUAGGAGUCGGCAUCCAUGAUAUAUUUCAUGAAAGAGCAUGGCUGAAAUCAGAUGUAUUUUCAGUUCAGGUGAAAUGCGUCGUAGAGACGAAAGAUAAAGCUCACUCAGAGGAACUAAGAGAAGCCCUAGAAAAAGAAUACAAAAAUGUGGAGUGGCCUCAGAUGUAGUGUUUAAGGCGAAUG